GAGACGGAAUCCUGCCUGCGUCAUCAUCUGACCAUAAACGUCCAGUUUCAGACUGUUUAUGUUUGGUAAAGUUCCUCAGAUAUUCGCAGAUUUAUUCUUCUGAACACACGCGGACCGAGGAGACUUUCAGAGAUUCAAAGAUUGUUUUCAUAAUCACCGAGUUUCGGUGUUUUGAUUGUUGAUUGGAUGAGGAUGGUCAGGAAAGGAGCCUCUGCGCGGCGCUCAUCCAAAAACGGCUCUCGAACCUCGGGUCGCGUGUCUCUGCUGGAUCCGGCCGCUCCAGAACCCGCUCCGCUCAACACCGACUCGUCGGAUCCGGACGACCGGGUGUACCUGCACGCGGCGACCAUCUUCCAGAACACACACCUGGAGAGGCCCGCGGCUCAGAGGCUCGUCAGCUUCGGGAAGAGGUCAGAGGUCAGCGUGCCUGAGGUCCGGGGCGAGGCGUCUCAGCGGUUAGCGUUCCAGCUCGCUUUCAACACGCUCAAAUAUCAGGAGCUUUUGGAGGACGUCUUGAUUGACAGCGGCUUCUGUGCCUCACAGCCAAUGCCUGAUGGGGGCAUGAGUCUGGUGGCCGUUUUGCUCACUGACCUACUGGACAGGAAGUUCCUCCCACGCUUGCAACCGGCCAAUCAGGAGCAAGAAGAGGAGGCUGUCAGAGAGGUGGAGGCGUGUCUGCUCAGGUUCAGGACUAAACUCGUGGCGUCUUUGGCUCGGUGUCGGAUCAAGCACGACCUGCUGACCCUGGAGAACAUCUUACCGGAGAAGAUCCGGCACAGGCAGGAGAGAGCAAGAGAGCUGCCGCUGUACGCCUGGAUCAACACACUCCGCAGCAGUUUUGAGAAGGUCAGGGAAGUGUUACGCACAUCAGGGUUCUCGUGUGUUAAGUCUGUGGCACAGCUGGAAGGCCGGAGCUUCUGUACAGACACACACUGUCAGGAUCUGCUGGUGUUCCCCAACGGCAUGAAGAGGGAACUGACCAACACCGGAUUACUGACCGACUGCAGGCUCGUGCUUCAGGAUAAGUCGUGUUGUGUGGGCCCCUGGGCGCUGCGCCCCCUGCUGGCUGAAGGAGGAGACGUCCUCAUGACCGGGUGUUUCUCGGCUCGGACCGUUGCACACGUGUCUGCGGUGUCUGCACACACACACACUGACACACACACUGACACACACAUCUCUCCGGUACAGAGCAAAGUGAUUGUGUGUGUGGGAGAUGAACCGCAGGCACAGAAAGAUGAACUACAGAACACACUCGCCAAAAUGGGCUGCAAGAAUGUGAAGCUGCUUCCAGUGUCUCUGGAGUGUGUGGAUGUGUGUGAUGUGCGUCUCCAGGAGGUUCGUGUGGCACUUGUGAUGCCGGCGUGUUCCCUGUCUGCCGUCAGCAACCCUGUGGAUUACAUCAUGCAGGAGAACAGAGACCCGCGGCUCAUGCUGGAUCUGUCACACGGCUCGGUCUCUCCAGAGAAACUCCAGACGCUCGUGUGCCGACAGAGGAAAGACCUGCAGCGUGUCGGCCAGUUUCCUCAGGUGCGGGCGGUGCUCUACUCCACCUGUUCUGUUCACUCAGAGGAGAAUGAGGAGGUGCUGAAGACCAUCCUCUCACAAUCACAGGAGCAUCAAUCCACAGCGCCGCCCUACAGGCUGAGUUCUCCAGGUCUCCCGCAGGACUCCAUCACUGAAGAUGAGGACGAUUCUCUGGAGAUGAAGGCCAGUUUCUUCAGACUGGAAGCAUCAGAUCACCACAAUGGCUGUUUCGUAGCUCUGCUCACACGACAGCCUGAACCUGAAGUGAAAGAGACGCCACAGCAAGUGCUCGCUCGCGCAGCGGCCAAAGGCUUGCUAGACGGACUCCAACUGAACCAGCCAAUCAGCAGAGAGCGCCGAGGCCGACGGUCCCGAAGAACAUCAGCUAAUCACAAACGCUCCACGAAGACACGCCCACACACUACACAGAGCGACCAAUCACGCGUGACGGAGUUCUUGAAUUACGAGAUGAGGGGAAGCAACCCGGAGCCGGCGGUUUCUCCUCGCAGUUCGUCACAAAACGAUCAACCCGCAAGUUCUCGACGUCUCUUUCAGGGCGUGUUCUCCAGGACAGGCCACACCCCUAACAAAACAAGCCACACCCCGAACACAGCAGGCUCCACCUCUAACACACCAGGCCACACCUCUAACAAAACAGGCCCCUCCUUUAAGACAAAAAGCUCCACCUCUAGCACAACAGACCACACCCUUUACACAACAGGCUCCACCUCUAACACAACAAGCUCCACCUCUAGCACAACAGACCACACCCUUUACACAACAGGCUCCACCUCUAACACAACAGGCUCCACCUCUAGCACAACAGGCCACACCCCUUACACAACAGGCUCCACCUCUAGCACAACAGACCACACCCCUUACACAACAGGCUCCACCUUUAAGACAACAGGCACCACCUCUCACAUAACAGGCCCCGUCCACAACACAACAGGCUCCACCCCUAACCUCUCCUCUUUCUCUGAGUUCUACUGUACUGGUUUGACUGGUUUGAGCUCUGCUUCAGCAUCUGUGAUCGUUGUUCACUCCUCAACGCCGGCCGCUCCGCCUAAAGGCCGACAUGAAGUUCUGAGGCCAACUACUGUCAUGUUUCCUCCCGUUCUGUCGUCAAGCGGUGGUCUUCUUCCUCAGAGGCGGAGCUAUGUUCUCACAAGCCCCACCCACACCAUCAAAAGCCCCGCCCAAACCCGUAACUCGACACCGGCUCCCCCUCGAACCCAAGCGGCAUUCAGAGUGAGACUGAAUCAUCUGAGGCCGUGGCUCUGACACAUAAACACAUGCACACUCACUCACACACACAUUCACGAAAACACACACACAUUCUCUCACAGUCCCACAUACACACACUCUCGAGGCUACCGUCAGUAUUUUAGUCUCUAUCUUAGUGAUUAAGACCUGUGAUGUUAUUAGACGUGUCAGAUAUCUGUAUAAGAUCACUACUAAACAGGACUGUUCAAAUGUCACUGCCAUCAAAAUGCCAUCAGCAUAUUUUCCAAUAUCAUUUGGAACAAGCAUGCAAGUAAAACAAGGAGAGACUAAUUUUUUGUUUUGAUGUAAUUUAUUUCCACAACAUGUUACAUUAAUAUGGUGUAAAAAUGAGUGUCUUAGUGGCUGAUUUGGGUUUUAAAAUAUCAUUUUGUGCGAAAUAACA